AUGGUCGGUUAUUUGGAAAUGGAAGGGCUUUCAAAGAAUAAGAUCCUUUUUUGGUGGUUGGCAGCAAAUGGAGGGCUGUUUACUUACACAGAAAGAGUUCGCAGGAACUUGUCUGUGGACUGUAUUUUCCCUAUUUGUAGAGAGAAGCAUAAAAGUGUUAUGCAUGUGCUCAGGGAUUGUGAUAUGGCUGCAUUGGUUUGGAGGAGAUUAGAUCCUUCAGGGGAGUUUGGGAUGGCUUGUUGGGCCGUGUGGAGGUACAAAAAUAGGGUGGUUUUUAAUGAGGAGUGUUGUAGUGCUGAGAAUUGGAUUCAGUUUAUUGGUUAUCAAGCGCACGAUUUUGCUGCUAAUAAAGAUAGUGUUCUAGGGUUGAGUGGUGUCAUUCCGAAGUCAGUUAGCUUGUGGACAAGUUGGAACCCUCCUCCAGAGUCUUGGUUCAAGUUAAAUAUUGAUGGGGCACAAGUUCAUGAGUCUGGCAAUGCUUCAUGUGGGGGCUUAAUUCGAGUUAGUUACAGCAAAUGGGCUAGACGGUGUAUGGUUCGACUUGGUAAGCAUUCCAUAACUAUUGCCGAGACUUAG